UUGAACCCUAGACACAACCAGCCCAUCGUCAGCAUAAUCGCGUAUCGCAUGAGAAGCGAUAUGAGCCGCCGCAGAUAAACAAACAUCAUUUCUGCUGAGUGGACAACCACCGCGGGACUGUCAUCAGUUAGUUUACAUAUAGCCUGGAGAGAUGAAAUAAAAGAGUCUUAACUUCAUCACCGACAAGUGCAGUCGAACUUUUAUUUUUAAAAAGAAAACCCUAGAAAAUAUUUAACUGGCGCCCGAAUAGGGACCUCGCCAGUGUGGGAAGAGUAUAAAGUUUUGUGUUGUGAAUUCGUAAAAAAGUGAAGAAAUCAAAUUCAACAAUUAGGUUCAACGAGCCUUCAUCACGAAACCGAAGCGGAACCAGGACACCGAGUUUGUUAAACUCAAUCGCUAUUAGGACCCCGAGUAGCAGCCCAUCAAGGACGGCAAAAGGAUUUACCCCGACAUAGCUGCCUGGUUUUCCCCCCACCAAGCGAGGUUAGCGAGGAAUCAACACAAAAAGUCCAACUCUUGUUUCGACAUGUUGGCAUUUAUACUGUUACUGACGCAAAUCUCUGGACCUGUCAUGCCACAAACGAUUUCGGUACAUAAGGCAGACAACCUACCUCUUUUCAUAUACGACAAAGGAUACGGCCGAAUACAAAUCAACUAUCAUUACUACAUCCAUCAUUUUAAAUUAGAGCCGUUCAAAGUUCACGUAAAAGAUCUAAAGUCGAAAUUCAUUGAAAUAGAAGCAAAUCAGUUUACUAAUCUUAUACUAGAUAAAUUCAAUGAGUUAGAUACAAACAUAAAAAACAGGGAGUGGGUUAUAUCUAUGGUAUAACCGCAAUGGUGACGUAGGACUAUCGUUGAUUUAGUGUUGUUGAAUCUGAAUCCAUUCUGAAUGAAUGAAUACAUGAAUAUUUGGGGGACUUCGAAAACGAGAGCGUUACGUUGGAGGUACAAGGUUUUAUGCAUCCAAUAUUGGAUACGAAAAUAUCCUACUGAUGGGGAAGAAUAAACUUCAGAAGCUUCCCUGCUAACUACACUUGAUUGAAAAAUCACAGAACCAAAUGUAUUUGGUCGCAUUGUUAUAUGGUUAGAAAACAUUAAAAUAAACUCUUUCGCUUGCAUGUUAUUUUCAAUGCCAAGGGAAACUGGCAAAUUAUUUUGCAGCAGCGGUAUCUUACCGGAUUCUUCCCGAAGUCCACCACCAGUGGGUAAUGCUAACUCGAUAACCCCCUGUUAAUUGCACUCGAUUGAAAAAUCACAAAACCAAAUGUAUUUGGUCGCAGUAUUAUAUGGACAGAAAACGACAGAAAAAAUAAACUCUUUCGCUUGAAUGUAAUUUUCAAUUCCAAGGGGAACUGGCAGAUUAUUUUGCAGCAACGAUCACUUCUUUCCGGAUUCUUCUCGAUAAUCAGCAAACGUAAAGAGUUGCGCGCGCGUGUGUGUGUGUGUGUGUGGCGGUUGCUCCGAUGUCUCAAGCGGAACCAAUUUUCGAUGCUGGUAUUCUCUCGGUCGUCUUCUCUUCUUCUGAUGGAUCGGCUUUUCUGCGCUCCGUCACAGUCCCAAAGAAACUAAAUGCGUUUCAGGUUAGGUCAGGCCAGGUAAUGAAUCCCUUGAUCCCUCACCAUCCAGCUCGUCCAGCUCGUUCAACUCGUUCAGUAACGAUGUUGUCUUGUCGAUGUCCUCACGAAAAAUGAAUGCGUUUCAUGGAUAUAAUGGUUUUGUAUUAUAGAGACCUUAAACUUUUCAGUUCAUUCGUCUCUAGCCUUGAGAAAAGCCCUUGGAACUCUACUCUAACUCCUGCAUUACACCUCCACCCUCAUUGCCUUGAGAAAGGCACUCGAUCCCUCGCCGUCCACAGCUCGUCCAGCAACAAUGUUGUCCAGUCGGUGUCCACACAAAGAAUGGUGCGUUUCACCACCAGAAUAUCGCUUAAGUAUGCUUUUUGUCCGUGACUGAAUCGAAAGAAGGUGUGGUUUACGAUGGCAAUUUGGAAGGCAAACCAGAGGCGAAUGAACUCUCUGAGUUUGAAACUUUCGGCGACUGAUCAAUAAUCGAUUGAGAAUUAUGUUUUUCGCGAUGUGAAACAUUUUCCGUUGCGCGCGCAUCCAAUAUUGGAAACGAACAUAUCCUACUGGUGGGGAAGAAUAAUGUUCAGAAGCUUUUCUGCUGAUUGCAUUUGAUUGAAAAAUCACAAAACCAAAUGUAUUUGGUCGCUGCGUUAUAUGUUAGAAAACAUUAAAAAAAAAACUCUCUUGCAUGAAUGUAUUUUUCAAUUCCCAGGGGAACUGGCAAUUAUUUUUCAGCAACGAUUAGUCUUUCCAGAUUUUCCUCGAUACUCGAAGCCCACCAGUGGUUAAUGCUAACUCGAUAACCACCUGUUAAUAGCACUUGAUUGAAAAAUCACAAAACCAAAUGUAUUUGGUCGCUGUGUUAUAUGACUAGAAAACAUUAAAAUAAACUCUUUCACAUGAAUGUAUUUUUCAGUUCCCAGGGGAACUGGCAGAUUAUUUUUCAGCAACGAUUGAAUCUUUCCGGAAUUUUCUCGAUGCUGAAUAGCACCCAAACGAAGAGUUCCGCGCGUGUAUGUGUGUGUGUGUGGCGGCUGCUCCGAUCUCUUCCCGGGGAACCGUUUGUGGCAUCACUCUCCUCCUGAUGGAUUCUCUUCUGGCCUAAGGUGCACAAACAGGCUCUUGGUGACACCGUUCAUCCGCGCUUUCAUGAUAAACGAAGAGCUUCACCACAACAGCGAUAACAUGCUCCAAUCGCUGUUCAAUUAUAACUGAGUGGGUUCACGAGCGGCGCUCGCUUAUAUACCGAUUGGUGAUUUCAAUAGUCUGUUUUGAAAGCAAUUUUAAGGCUAUUGAAACAAGUUUUUGGAUGAAAAAGUAACAAGUAUAUAACGCGUAGACAUUUUAUCUUUCGAAUGAAGUGUGUAUCAUACCAUUUCGUUCAGUUGUUUAAGAGCUAUUAACGCCCAAAAUCUCGGUGUCCGGCGUAACGCUUUCGUUUUCGAAACUUUGAUUUUACACCCCGGUAUAGAAAUGAAAGACGUAGUCCUACGUCAAAAUCUUUUGCCAAUAAAGAGAAGAAAACGAUGGAAUCAAUUAGGAACAGCAUGGAAAUACCUAGCAGGAAGCCCCGAUGCUAACGAUCUCAAGAUUAUCAAUAGUUCUAUCAACGGCCUUAUCAACAAUAACAAUGAGCAGGUUAGAAUCAACAGAGAAAUUUCACUACAAAUGAAAGAAGCCGUGUUUAAAACAAAAGAAUCUAUUCAACUGCUUAAUCUUGAGUCAUCUGAAUUGUAUUCUGUAAACAUACUCUUGAACUUAAAAUUCCUGAAUGACAAAUUAAAUCAAAUUAUACAAACAAUAACGCUAGCAAAAGUAGGGAUGCUUAAUGAACAAGUACUGAGCCAGAAUGAAAUAGAGUUAAUUAUUGAAGAUCUAAGUAAAGAAAAUGUAACUGUUUGGAACACCGCUGAAGCAUUAACUUAUGUCACUACAUCUAUUGUAACCAACGAACAUGAAAUAGCACUUUUACUCAAACUACCAAAGCUAGACCCGAGAAUCUUCAGAAAAAUCUUCAUUCUACCAACAUGGUUCAAUCGUCAACAAAUCCACAUCUCCAACCAUAAUUAUCUUAAUCAUGAAGACCAGUACUAUAUUGUGAGCAGCCUGCAGCCAAGAAUUUUCGAUGCCAAAGACAUUACACCUGACUCAACAGUAUGCGUACCAUACCUGCUUAACGGAAAACCAGCAAAAUGCGAUUAUCUAGCCAACCCAGCGGAAGAAAUCAUUUCAAUUGACAGUCAACAUCUCAUCACGAAUGUGUUAGACAAUUUCACCCUGCACACCAACUGUGGCUUAUCCGAGAGGAACCUGUCGGGUACUUACCUGAUUUCAUUCAACAACUGUGAGGUAACAGUUAACAACCAAACGUUUUCAAACUAUAACCGGAACAUAACUGGAGAACCUAUUCAUUUGCCGAUGUAUGGCAUACCUAUAGAAAAACAACGUAUUGUUGUUAAUCUGAGCUUACAUCAUUUGCAUAAUCUGCACCUAGAGACAAGAAAAGAGAUGGAAGAAAUCCGUUUAAACGCCACUAGUAUACAAUGGCCACAUUGGACAAUUUUUGGAGGACUAUCAUUUACUCCCAUUGUCAUAAGCAUUAUUUUCUUUUUGUUCAUUUCCCGCCAUAGAAGAUCAGAAGUCAAAAUCCAGAUGAAUCACCAAAAGCAGGCCCCAGAUGAAGCAAAGAGAUUCCAAAUAUUACCAUUAAGUGAAAUUCUUCGUAUGGAACCUCACACUUAAAGGGGGAGAAGUUAACGAUUGAACCCUAGACACAACCAGCCCAUCGUCAGCAUAAUCGCGUAUCGCAUGAGAAGCGAUAUGAGCCGCCGCAGAUAAACAAACAUCAUUUCUGCUGAGUGGACAACCACCGCGGGACUGUCAUCAGUUAGUUUACAUAUAGCCUGGAGAG